AUCAAAUUCAUCAUCAUGCACUUAAACUUCAUCUUUGUCAUCUCUUCAUAUACACGAUUCUUCUACAUCUUUUAGUUUUUCCUGCAACCCCAUCUGAUAACCUUCCCUAUGUACAUAUCUUUUAAAUUUUACUCAAUCUUCUCUCCUCUUAUAAAUUAACAUGCAGUUGAUGCAAAUUUUUAUUUUUGCUCUUUACUCAUACUGCCCUUUGUGUAGGGAAUAGUUAAGCAGCUCUAUGUUUUUUUUUUUCAGUGAUUAAUAGUUGAUCAUGUUCUUAAGUAUGGCCAUCUGAUUUUGACAUCUUCUGUAAUAGAUGGCUUCUACAGACUUUCCUCUGCGGUGGGAGGGUACCGGAGAUCAAUGGUGGUAUGCUUCCCCUAUUGAUUGGGCUGCUGCAAAUGGACAUUAUGACUUGGUCCGCCAGCUUCUGCGCCUUGAUGCCAAUCAUCUUAUCAAGCUUACCUCUCUUCGUAGGAUUCACCGCCUUGAGAGUGUUUGGGAUGAUGAUGAACACUUUGAUCAUGUUUCGCGCAAUCGCUCUGAGGUUGCACAUAAGCUUUUUUGUGAAUGUGAGACCAAUGGGUCUAAAAACUCCCUCAUUGAAGCUGGCUAUGGUGGAUGGCUUAUGUAUACGGCUGCCUCGGCUGGGGAUAUGGAUUUUGUUAAGAAAUUGCUUAAAAUAGACCCUCUUAUGGUUUUCGGAGAAGGAGAAUAUGGUGUCACUGAUGUGUUAUAUGCUGCAGCCAGGAGUAAGAAUUCAGAGAUUUUUAGGCUGCUUCUUGACUUUGCUCUUUUGCCUAGAUUAUUUAUAGGUAAUGACAAAGAGACCGAACACAUUGGGGAGAUCCCUUCUGCAUAUAGAAGAGAGAUGAUUAAUAGAGCUAUACAUGCUGCUGCUAGAGGAGGUAACUUGGUGAUCCUAAAGGAUCUUUUGGAAUGUUGCUCUGAUAUAUUGACGUAUAGAGAUAAUGAGGGCUCAACUAUUUUACACGCAGCUGCUGGUCGGGGUCAAGUUGAGGUAGUUAAAGAUCUUAUAACAAGUUCUGAUAUCAUUAACUCAGUAGACAAUCAGGGAAACACAUCUUUGCAUGUGGCUGCUUACAGGGGUCAAUUAGCUGCAGUUGAGGUUUUAAUGCAUGCAUCUCCGCCAUCCAUGUACUCAAAAAAUAAUGCUGGAGAAACAUUCUUACACAGGGCUGUGGCUGGUUUCCAAAUCCCUAUAUUUCGGAGAGUGGACCGUCAGAUUGAGCUCAUGAAGAACUUGGCGCGUGGCAACAAUUUUGUCAUUGAGGAAAUCAUUAAUGCGAAGAAUAAUGAUGGGAGAACUGCUCUCCAUUUGGCCGUAAUUGGGAACAUUCAUACUGAUCUGGUGGAAUUACUAAUGACUGCUCACUCAAUCAAUGUCAACAUAUGUGAUAAUGAUGGGAUGACGGCUCUUGAUCUCCUUAAACAACGCCCACGCUCUGCAUCAUCAGAAAUCCUUACUAGGCAGCUGAUUUCAGCCGGAGGUAUCUUUAAUUGCCAAGAUCAUUCAGCACGAAAAGUCAUUGCUUCCCACUUAAGGAUGCGAAGUAUUGAAAGCAGUCCAGGAACUUCAUUUGAAAUCCCCGACUCAGAAAUACUCUCACAGAUGGUCACUGACAAAGGAUCAAAUGCCUGUGGCAGUGCAAGGUUGAGCCCUGAGUUGGCACAACCGAAUAAACAUGUUUUGAUUUCAGAGAAGCAGAGCCCAAAAAUAAAUAUUAAAUCAGGUUCUGGGACUGAUGCAUCUCAGCGUUGGAGACGCUUCCUCCACUGGCCUAAGAUGAGGAAGAGAAAAUCCAAGCCCGAGCCAGAGCCCCUGGAAAAAACAGUAGAUGAAAAUUCAGUCACCAGCUCAGAAGAAGUCCCUGUUUCACUUCGAUCAAAAUACUCAAAACCUUCUUCACUCCCUAACCACAAGCGCGCGCUUUCAGUAAGGAGCAACGCCCCAAGUCCCACUGCCAAAAAGAAAUUUGCAUCAGGCUUAGUUCACGGUGUUAUGCAGACUAUGCCACAUUUCAAUGCCACGCGUAGAACGCGUUCUUGCUCCUUCUCAAAGUCCCCAGCCACUUCUUCGCCAUAUUAUUGGGACAAGCAAAAGGGCAUGUACGUUGAGAAUGAAAUUGUUGCAGAAGCAUCCUGUUCUAAUUCAGUUCUGGGCGAUGAGACGCCAAAUGUGCUUCACAAACCAGCAUUUGCGCAUAAAAGGCCACUGAUAAAUCAAAUCUGCUUUCGUGGUAAACCGCAGCAUCGUGAGUUUUACGACCCCUCCAUACCAUCUUUUACAUAAUUAGUUACAGAGUGGCAAAGACUGCAAUAAAACCAUGAAGCCUCACUUAGUGCAGCAAGACUGGAGCUGAUAUCUCAACAUGCUUCCUGGAUUUAACAUGUCUAGAAUAUUUAAUAGCUGCAUUUAACUGUGUACCUGAACUUUGUUUCGUGCUAUCAUUUUUCGCAUUCUUGGAAGUUUAUUCAGUAGUCUGAAAUCUGGCAACUCAUGUUAGUUUCAUCUUUAUUAUGUUGAUCUCUAAAUUUACUCUUUAUCA